CCCUUCUCCAACGCUAAAAGUUUUCUUCUUUCCACACUCCUCCCUCACUGUCAAAGCUAGCUUUCUACUCUCAGUCUCUCUCUAGGACUCCAUUUCUUCUACUCCGAAGCUUUCUCUGCAUCAACUUGGUUUUCAUUUGUACAAAGGUAAGCUCAUUGACACUCACCUCCCAUACCCACCAUAAUUUCUUCAAGAAAGGGUGGGGGAAGAUGGUAAUAUUAGCAUUGUUCAUAUUGAUCUUCUGCAAUUCACAAGCUGUGGUGAGUUCUUUGAAUGAAGAAGGAAAAUCCCUUUUGAUCUUCAAGAAAUCUGUAGUAGAUGACCCAGAAGGGUCAUUGAGUAACUGGAACCGUUCCGAUGAAACUCCUUGUUCGUGGAAUGGUAUUACAUGCAAAGACCAGAGGGUUGUCUCUCUCAGCAUUCCCAAGAAGAAACUCUCUGGGAUUCUCUCUUCUUCCCUUGGCUUGCUCUCUCAGCUCAGGCAUGUGAACUUGAGGAGUAAUAGGCUUAAUGGGAGCUUGCCCCCUGGGCUCUUCAGAGCUCUAGGGUUGGAAAGUUUGGUUCUUUAUGAGAAUUAUUUGUCUGGGCCUUUGCCUUCUGAGGUUGGGAAUCUUAGUUAUCUCCAAACAAUGGAUUUAUCACAGAAUUUCUUGAAUGGGUCUUUGCCUGUGAGUUUGAUUAGAUGUAGGAGGUUGAAGAGCCUUGGAUUGAGUGGGAAUAAUUUUAGUGGUUCAUUGCCCAGUGGAUUUGGGGCUGGGUUGGUUUCAUUGCAACAACUUAACCUUUCUGAUAAUGAUUUCAGUGGGUUUAUUCCUAAUGAUUUGGGGAAUUUAUCUAAUUUGCAAGGGACUGUUGAUUUGUCACAUAAUAUGUUUAGUGGCUCAAUUCCCCCAAGUCUAGGUAAUCUUCCUGAGAAGAUUUAUAUUGACCUGACCUAUAACAAUUUGAGCGGUCCAAUUCCACAAAACGGUGCUCUAAUGAAUCGAGGACCAACUGCAUUCCUUGGAAAUCCUGGGCUUUGUGGUCCUCCCCUGAAAAAUCCCUGCCCUUCAGCUGGCCAGGCAUGCCCGCCUUCCCAAUAUCCAUUCUUGCCCACACAAGACAACUCCGGGAGUAAUGCGGGUGCCAAAGGUCUCAGCAAAGGUGCUGUGACUGCAAUUAUUGUUGGUGAUGUGAUUGGAAUUUGUGUUGUUGGGUUGCUCUUCUCGUACUGUUAUUCAAAAUUUUGUGUUCGUGGUAAGAGACGGGAUGGGAGUGUUUGUGGUUUUGAGAAGGGAGGGAAGCAAAGGAGUGAUUGUUUAUGGUUUAGGAAGGAUGAGUCAGAAACUUUGUCAGAACAUGAAGAUCAAUAUGAUCUUGUGGCACUGGAUAGUCAAGUGGCGUUUGAUCUGGAUGAACUUCUAAAGGCGUCUGCUUUUGUGCUUGGUAAGAGCGGGAUUGGAAUUGUCUACAAAGUCGUGCUUGAAGAUGGGCUUACUUUUGCUGUGAGAAGGCUCGGUGAAGGAGGCUCCCAAAGAUUCAAGGAAUUUCAAGCGGAAGUGGAAGCAAUUGGGAAGCUAAGACAUCCUAAUAUUGUAACACUUCGGGCCUAUUAUUGGUCAGUGGACGAGAAGUUGCUCAUUUAUGAUUUUAUUCCAAACGGAAACCUUGCCACUGCCCUUCAUGGAAAACCUGGAUUGGUAUCAUUUACACCGAUUUCAUGGUCUGAGCGUUUAAAAAUACUUAAGGGAACUGCAAAAGGGUUGUUUUAUUUGCACGAGUGCAGUCCAAAAAAAUAUGUCCAUGGUGAUCUGAAACCAUCAAAUAUACUACUUGGGCACAAUAUGGAACCCAAAAUUUCGGACUUUGGACUUGGGCGCCUUGCUAAUAUAGCUGGAGGCACCCCACUGCUUCUAUCCAAUCGAAUGGCCUCAACUGAAACAGCGACCAUUGCUUCAACUGCAGCGACUUUAGAGUCGUGUUACCAAGCUCCAGAGUCGCAGAAAGUGUUGAAGCCGUCUCAGAAGUGGGAUGUUUACUCGUAUGGAGUGAUCUUGUUGGAAAUGAUCACGGGAAGGUCUCCAAUAGUCCAUGUGGGCUCCACCGAAAUGGAUAUAGUUAACUGGCUUCACCUGUGCAUCAACGAGAAGAAGCCACUUUCAGACGUAUUGGACCCGUAUCUAGCCGAAGAUGCAGAUAAAGAAGAGGAGAUGAUAGCAGUUCUAAACAUCGCAAUGGCGUGUGUGCACAGCAGCCCCGAUAGGAGACCUUCGAUGAGGUACAUCUUGGAAGCCUUGGAAAGGCUACCGGUGUCAACUGAACACUAAUGCAUUACACACAUCCCAUAGUCGCUUUCCUCGAUCUUCAAGAGAUCAAAGGUACGUCUACCUUAGGAGUUAAUCGUGUAAUCGUGACAUAUUACUGUUUCUUACUAGUGUAACUGUGAAAGGUGCAUUAUGCGUGGUCGCGACAUACUUGUCCUCUUGUUGAUUUGGAUUAUAUGGUUCUCGUGUUUCUUUGUUGUUGCCUUUAGCUUUCUUUCAUUCGGUAGUACAUAGUGGGACAGCUGUAGUGAAUUCGUUGCAACAUGACCUGUACAAAAUAAUGUCGAUCGAAGAAAUUAUGAGAUUUCCUGUGCAAGUUGGGUAGAUAAUACAAGCACUACCAACCAACAAUGAUUUAUCAUCCUCUGCAAUGUAAAGAUCUUCAAUCCUUGUUUCGAUUUUCGAAAUUAUUUGCUGCUGUUGUUGUAGUUGUGUUAUCAAUUGAGCCAUCACUCUUUUCUUGUUUUCUCCUGUGUCAAGAAUUGAAAGAUGCUUUAAUUUCAUUCCAUUGAA